UANCAGCUACGUAACAAUUGCUGCUUCGUGUAUGGCAUGCUUUAGGAGUCAACAUAUUACACCGAAGACGAUCGCCAUGGUCCCAGUUCAUGGAUACGCAAGUGACAACUAUAGCCGGGACAGUAUACGAUGGUUAGAUUUCAUUUCUGUUUCCGAAGGACGACAUAUUAGCCACGCAUUGAAUGGUCGAGGGGAAGUGAUUAUAGAUGGAUUGAAGGUAGACGGUUUUUGCGCUGAAACUAAUACUAUAUAUCAGUAUCACGGCUGUUUUUACCACGGAUGCGAGAAAUGUUUUGAUCCCGAUGCUGUCAAUCCUGUGUCUGGAGAGACGAUGAAUAAGCUUAGGACUCAAACAAAUAUAAUAUCGGAUCGACUGAAAAAAAAAGGAUAUACUUUGCAGGAAAUAUGGGAGCACGACUUUAAUGAUUUGAAGGUGAAAAAUUCAGAAUUAAAAACCUUUUUGGAAGAUCACGAAAUUGUUGAUCGACUUAACCCCCGCGAUGCUUUCUUUGGUGGUCGCACCAACGCAGUUAAACUUGUAUACGAGGGAAGUGCUAAAUAUAUAGAUUUUACAAGUCUAUAUCCAUGGUGCAAUAAAUAUUGCAGAUAUCCCAUUGGUCACCCAGCGAUAAUCACGGAUAAUUUUGAUGACGUUAACAAUUAUUUUGGUUUCAUAAAGUGUAAAAUUCUCCCACCACAUGGAUUGUAUCAUCCUGUACUACCUUAUCGGAAUCAAGGGAAGUUAAUGUUCCCGUUGUGUAGAUCCUGCUGUGAAUCUAGCCAAAAGACUCCAUGCACUCACGACGAAAAUCAAAGAUCAUUGAUUGGUACUUGGGUAUCAGAAGAAGUGAAGAAGGCAGUAGAAAAAGGUUAUAAAAUCAUAAAGGUAACUAUUAUUAUCUGAGAAACCAAAUUUUUAGUAAUAGGAAAGAAAAUGCUCAUAUACAUAUAUAUAUAUAUA